GCACAAUUUAGCACGGCAUUGCCGCACCAAUGAAAGCUCAUGCAGGUUCUUUCCAUUUAAAUGAGUAGGACGCUGUAACGAGUGUAGGCGCUCUUGCAUCGCAGACGGAACUUUAAAAAAAACAAUGAUGGCUUUUAUUUUAAGGUCCUAGAGCUCAACAAACGAUGUUUUGUACUGAUGACGAUGAAUCCAAUCUAAAAGCAACAGUUGUCCACCCCAAUGAAGUUCUGGACAUAGACGUAUCACCAGGCGUGAAAACCCCACCUUCCUCUUUAUUCUCUGGUGCAGCCGAUCAACCGAAAAACGAAAACAAAGCAAAAUAUAAAGAGCGGAAGUCGAUAAGACUAACCACACCAAUCAAAACAAGUGCAAUGAAACGUGGGGAUCCAUUUUUACCGUCUGUUUUUUCUGAUGAGAACCCCAUCGCCGACUAUACUAUUAAAAAGAAUUCUAGGAAAAAGCCAUCAGAUUGUAAGUGCAAAGGGUUUGGCUACAACGUAAGUCCGAGCUCUCUGCUACCAGAGGAAAUGCGGCAACAAUGGGGAGUUGGGAUGUUUGGAAAGCCAACUUUGAUUAAAACCAAUUCGGUAACACCCGCUUGCACAACAAACAAUCAUGUGGUGAUAACGCCUUCUUCCAAAGAAUGCGAACUCAAAUGCAACCAAGUAAAUAUAAACAGAAACGGCACCGGUUGCUCGAGCAGCAAAUGUGUGUUACGAUGUAAGAACUGUAGAGAGGACCCCUGCUUAUGUACAGCUAUAAACAGGUCGAUUGAAGGUUUUCGAAUUCCUGACAAUACUGAUAGAAAAAAACAAAAGAACAUUGCAAAAAAUAAUGGUAGUUUGAAGUCUAAAGACAUGAACAAAAGUCCUAAUCCGGUUGUCUUGACGGGAAAUUCCAACUGCACAACUUUGAUCAAACGAAUACCUUGCUAUAACAGUAAAGAAAAUAGUAACAUAAUUAGCACUAGCAAUUUUCACCGGACUCCCAUGGAGCCACCAAGCAGUCACAAUGUAAGCAUAGCUGAAUCUGUUUCUUUCAAAGGUGGUCUCGCAACCAGUUUUGUGGGAGCCAGACCCAUCAAUCCUGCAGAAACACAAACAAGCUCUUUGAAAGGUUAUAGACGAGAAGACAUUACUUUAUCCCAAAGAGCUCGUCAUCGCCAUCAUCCUUUUCCAACAAGGCGAAUUUUAGCUAAUAUUUCUCCGUCUCCUAUUCUAACUAGCAGUAACAUAAGUGGUAGUUCGGGAGGCUACGAAAGAAAGAAAACUCUGUCUAUGAGUACUCCUCAGAUGAUUAUGAUGGGCUCCCAAAGCUGCGCGUGUGAAAGCUGCAGACGUCGAGCUAGCCUUGUGUCGAGAAUGGAGGCUAUGGGCUUUUCGACACAAGCUCAACAGAUGCUGUCCCCUUAUCUAUUUACCUCAACACAAAGGUACCAGCCAGUCUUGAUGUCAUCGCCUUUAACCAGUUCAAACAGAUACGCUCCUUAUACUUUACCUAGUUAUGGUUAUACAAGAAACUCAGGGUCGAUUUAUCGUUCUCCAGAACGUUACCAGUGUUCAAGUCCGACAUACUACGACUACAGUGAUAUUUCAAGUUAUGGACGACAACCGUUCUCAAGCACACCCUUGUCUAUGGCGAAUGAGAUAAAUAAAAUAGAAGCUUCAUUUUUGGAUAGUGAAAACUCUCUGCCUUCUCCUCCAUCGUCAGGCUACGUUGAAGAUAUCACAGACUUAUCUAUCCAGGACACGGUAGAUUUCUUUGUAAGUAUGAAAUCCCCGUUUGUGAACUCAUCUUCAUCACCUGUUUCUGAUUCCAGUCCAGGCAUGUACUCUACCAUGUCCCCAGUAGAUAGAUGCACGUCACCAAAUUUUCCCAGCAGAUCCAUGUCCUGUUUCUGUGCAGCUGGUAAUAAUACACAAUCUUUUUCCAUAGCUCAAUAUAAACGAGAUUCAGGUUUUGGAGAGCCUUCGUCUAACACCAAAUAUAAUAGUAACCACGAACCCGCUUCACAACCAAUUUCUUUACUGUAUUCUUCCUUGGUCACAGAUUUAGAAGAUGAGCUUCAGUGUGCAAUAGAAAAUAUUCCGACUGUGUAGAAAUCCAUGAACUAUUCAAGUGAAAAAUAUUUUGUGUUAGUUUGUUAAUUACUAUGUCUUGAUUACACAAUUGGAGCUAUUUCAUUCACUUUAAUGUAAUGUAAUUUGAGCUUUUAAUGAUUUAUUUUGCAUACAAACUGAUGACAAGCAAACAAUGUUGCCCAAUGAUACUGAAUGCAGAGAAUUUUUAUAUUCACUUUUUUUUUUACUUUUGUUUUGCAUUUGAUUGCUUGACAUGUCCCCAUAUUCACAACCUUUUUUUUUUGUGUUCAUAAUUAAUAAUUUGUAGAACCAUUUUCAAAUUAAAAAAAACUUUUUUUUUAUUUGGGUGAAAAUGUUUAAAAUACUUUCAUUUAUGUAAUAGUUUAUCUAUGUAAGGAUUAACUUGGAAUUAUCCUGUAUAUGUGUAUAUAUAUAUAUAUAUUGAAAGUUUAUUUCAUUACAUUAGAUAUGUGAUUUUGAAAAAAAAUUAAGCUAAUUUGCUCACACUCAACAGCCAUAAAAUUCUCUCCACACCAAAUUAUGCUUUUAAGAGAGGAAGAGGUAAACAAGUGGCAAGGCCACAUGUUUUGUUUUUAUGUUUAUAAUGCAAAAAAAUGUUUUCCUCAUACGCCCACAUUUGUGUCUUUCAGUAACAUAUUUAUGAAAUAAACCACCGUACAGAAAAUUACUGUUUACUGUUGAUAAAUUAGUACCCAGUUUUAAAACCUAAGCACCUUUGAAAAAAAAAAGUUUCACCUAUCAAAACAAGAUCAAUUUUAUUUUCUAUUAGCAUUGCCAUUAUUAAUAAUAGUUGAACUGAAAAUAAAUAAGAACAACUUUAUAUCAAUGUCAGAACAUUCUAACAAUCAUACAUUGAGAAAUAAAAUGUUGUAUGAUAAAUAAAAUUGACGUUUUGCAAUUUAUUGCAUAAAAGAUGAAAUGUAAUAUAUACAUAUACAGGCAUGGAGAAUGUGUGAUGUAUUCAAGUAUACUAGAUUCAAUUUAAAUAGAAAUUAUAUGAAGAAUAGGUUUUUAAUAUUAGGUUACCAGUAAAAAGUUUUCUACAGUUGAAAAUCAGUGCACUUUGUGACAAGACACAAAAACAAUUUCCUGUUCAAGUCAUUUCCAUAUCGAGUUCAUUCCCUUGAGCAACAUUUCCAUUGUGUAUAAAAAUUGCAAGUAACUAAAAAAUAUAGGUAUGCCCAAAUUGUAUUUUCUAGUUUUAAUGAAUUUAUUUACAUUAUGAACACAAAAAUUCAUUUUGAAGUGCUUUUAUAAUAAAAUUAUCUGGUAAAAUCUAUAUAUAGCUUAAGAGAAUUUCAUCAAUUAAAAAAUGUUAGAAUAUAAAAAUUUCAACAAUAGGGGUUUGUAAAUAGUUUGUUCUGGAAUGUUCUGAAAUAACUGCUUUUGACAAAAUACAACAAGGCUAUAAAAUGUAUAACAUAAAAGGAAUGUACAAAAGGUAAACAAACCUACACUUUGUAUUUACAUGGUAUGAGGGACUAAAUAUAUGUAAUACUUGUAAAGUAAAUAUAAAAUGUUACAAGUCUUUCUUUGUAAACUGCCUUUGCUAGUCGAAAGAUAGGAGUGAACAGAAAGUGUUCUAAAGCUUUAAUGCAUAUCACAAUAUACAUCUUAUUCCAUGUUAAGCUUAAACUAGGUGCGAAAGUUAAGGGAGCAAUAAGAAAGAUGUUUAAGCCAAUAAGUAAUUUCCCCUUCUCAAUUCCCACUCUGUAGAAAAAGUUUUAUAUGCAGCUCUUAAACUGCAGGUCCCCCACCCCAUGAACAAAAAAAUUGAAUCCUCUUGAUUGAUUCUUGAGUUAAGAAAUGUCAGAUCUUAUGAAGCAACAGAAAGUAAAUUUAUACACAGGAAAUUUAUGUCACUGUUAGGCAAUGAUUUAUGAAUGUAAAAAUGUUUAUUUCUAUUAGCCAGCACAACAUACUUUCAAUUAAACAAAUAAUUAUGACAAUCAUUACACAACAAUAUAAACAUAAUAAUGAUAUGGAGUUUAAAUUGUAAUCUCUGUUGUCAUGCAAAUAAUGGCUGCCUAAAAUUUUCAUAUGUACAUAAUUUUCAUAAAUGACUAUACAAAUGAAAAUCUCUGCAUUUUCAUUUCCCAACCUGUCAAAGUAAACAUAUUGUUUAAAAUGACUUUAUCCUCACUGAGCAGUUUACAAUGUGUAUAUAAAAUAAAAAGUAAGGAAAUGAUCUAUCACCACAGAUCGAAAUGCACUGUUUUGUUCUUAAAAAAAAAAAGAAAGAAAUAAAACCUGAUACACAUUGGAACAUCAAAAACAUAAUGCAUACCCCUAAAGUGAACUAAAAUAUUACAUAAAAACUUCACGAACUUCUUCCUUGCCUUUCUUUGAAGCAGUUGACUCUUUCCCCUUUUUGGCAUCCUUCUCUUUCUUUGAAUCCUUUUUACUGUCUUUUUUGUCUUCUUUUUUCUCCUUUUCUUUUUUGCUAUCUUUUCUGGUGACUUUUU